GGGGCUAUGAAAUAAAUUGGAUAAAGGAUUUCCUUUAGAGCCCAAGGGGCUUUGGCUACUUGAUCAACAUUGUUUGAUCAGUCGUCCACCACUGGCUUAGUGGGCAGCAGAAUUAAUAACAUUUCCUGUUAUUUUUUAACAAGAAGGGCAGUCCAGUUAGCAUUGUAGUAAUGGACAUACUGUAAAUUGCAAUUAUGAAAUCCUAUGAGAUGUCCACCCCUGUCGUGCGACGUCGGCACACGGACGCUGACAAGUUGGUAAAUCGGCUGAAGAACGCCAUGCCAGACAAAUUCCAGGUCAUGGUUCAAAUGCACCUGUCCUUCAUACUGGACUUAAGUGGAUCCAAGUUAGAAGAAAUGUUCAAAGAACCAGAAAAAGUCGACACAGUGCCAAAAAGAAAAAGUGCUACUCCCUUCUCCAAAAAGAAAGAUAAACACGCUAGUGCUCUGUUUGGAACUGCUCUAAGCAAUGAGAAUGUGGCCAGGAUCUAUCCACUGAUUGAGUUCCUAAGCCGACCAGAAAACCUGAAGACAGAAGGUUUGUUCCGUAAGACUGGUAAUGUAGCUCGCCAGCGAUUACUGAAGGAAUGGUUAAAUGAGGGGGUGGAACUCUGUCUAGAUCAGGAGACCUUCACCCCUCAUGACUGCGCCACCGUCCUCAAAAACUACCUUUCCGAGCUCCCAGAGCCCCUCCUGACCGAGAGGCAUUACCAGGCUCAUUUACAGGUCGUUGACAUGGUGUCCCAAUCGACCCUUGAGACAGAGAAGACGAAGGCUCGCAGUAAGCAGAUGAAGGCCCUACAGCUGAUGUUCCUGGCCCUGCCCCCCACUAACUGUCUCCUGCUGGAGUGCCUCAUUGACAUGCUUCAUCGGGUGUCCAGAAUUUCAGAAAACAUGAUGACUGCUCAGUCACUAGGAACCGUGUUCGCUCCCUGCUUGUUAUGUUCCAGAAAGAUGCCACCAGAGGAAUUACAGUACCUCUCUCCCAAGUUAAGCCAAGCGAUAUCCUUUAUGGUGGAAAACGGUUCACAAAUUUUUAAAACACCUAGGGAACUAGCAGCAGAUAUUGCCAAUUUUUGGCGGGAAAUGGAAACACCAAGCAAGUGCAAUAGGGUCAAAAGUGAGGGUGACCAGGAUAGCUCUAGCUCAAGUCUGUAUAGUGCAAAGAAGUACGGAAGCACACAAGCGGUUAAUACAGUGGUACGUUUUGCCGAGCGGAAAUCCUCCAGUGAUUCAGACUCAGGGACUGACACCCAGGUGGCGCUGGCUAAACUCUACGCCCACGUACAAAUGAUGCCCGACUCAUCCAAAAAGAAAAAGUUACUCAAGCAGUUCAAUCAGGCCAGUGGGUCAGCUCCCCCCAAGAAACACUCCAGGAGUAGGACCCUGGGUGAACAAAUUAAGAAGCAUUUUGGGAGUCUACACAGACAUCACAAGAGAAGGGGAACCAACGAAGACAGUAAGGUGACAGGAGGCCUACCCUGGACUCUCACUAAAACCAUAGACAUCGACGAAAACGACAACCUCCACCAUGACGACGUGUUCAUUACAAAAACUCCUGACGGCAAAACAAGGAUAGGACUGAAACAGCCAGGAAGUCCAGCAGUUCACAUCGUAGACCUGAGUAAAACUCCCAGCCAAAAAAUUAAACCCAGGAAGAGGCGGAGUAGUGGUAGUAGUGACGGCAGUAUUCCAGAGAAGCGGCCCUCUCCCGAGAAGAUCACCAAGGUGCCCUGUACAGAGAACGAGAUUCAAUACCUGGCCAGUAUCCCUCACGAGCGGCGGCACUGCCCAUGUACCCCCAAACAGCUCCACAACAAACCCAUAGCCAUGGUGUCACCAAUGAACCAGUCUCCCAUAUCAGAAUCCGUGAAAAAAAUUCCCUCCAGAACACAAAAAGCCAUGCACACACCUAGGUCCAGAAUGCCUCUUCUAGUCAUCCAAUCACCGACGAAUUUAUCUCGAGAGAGCGUUCUGUAAACAUUACCUAGUGUUCAACAGCUAGUGCUAAAAAACAUUCCAUAUCAGAGUCACAAAGAUGGACAGUUUUAUAUAGUGUCAAAUUGUACAGAAAGUGCUGUGUAUAUUCUUAAUAUGUGUACAGUGUAUAGAAAAUUGUACAGUCUUCAAAUAUUUUUUUAUAAGGGGAGAUAACACAAUUAACAUUAAUGAUAAUGAUACUCAUUUAUUAAAUCCUCUCCAUAAUAAAUGUAUACUUAACCUUUAAUGUGCCAUUACCAGAUUUCCUUGGACUUCUUUCAGAAGUCCGAUUUGUGAUAACCAGUUGCCCUUCUAUCACUGAGGGGUCUGAAGAGAUUCUGUAUCUUAGUGCUUCUGUAUUUCUGUAAUUUUCCCGUUUAUUUCUGACAAUCUCCUGAAUCCUGUCUGGAUUCUUAUGUCUAAAGCACUGUCAUAACCCACUGUUUCCCAAUUGGUAGUGCUUUGACAAAUAUGUUAUUUGACCUUUCAAUUUUAUUGUGGUCUUGGUAUGUAUUCUUAUAGAAUGGUCAAUUGGAGUGUGAAAUAAUCAAAAAUAAUAAAUAUGGUAAUCUCAUAUCAAAUAACAUGUGAAUAUUGUUUUGUCUUUUAUUUAAGUGUAUAAUAAAGCAUUUAAAAUUG